CGCCUGCUCACCACUUUCGGGAAGUGACACCGGGCGGAGCGAGGCUGCGCUCCCGGCGCGGCGCGGGGUCGGGGGCGUGUUCCCGGCAGCUACCCGGGUCCCCCGCGAGACCCCGCACCCCGGGGCGCGGUCAUGGCGCGGAUCCUCGAGACCUGGCUGGGGUGCUGUCUCCUGGUGUCAGCUUUUGGAAUGGUGCCACCCCCCGAGAACAUCAGAGUGAACUCGGUGAAUUUCAAAAGUCUUCUCCAGUGGGACACUCCGGCUCUCCCCCAAGGGAAUCUGACAUUCACCGUUCAGUUCCUGAGCUAUCAGAAAUUCCAAGAUAUGUGCACCAACACCAAGAAGACAGAAUGUAACUUCUCAUCUCUUUCGAAAUAUGGCGAACACACCUUGAGAGUCCGGACGGAGUCUGAAGGCAAUCACUCCAUCUGGGUGAAUGUCACCUUUUGCCCUGUGGAAGAAACCCUUAUUGGACCUGUUGGAAUGCAAGUAAAUGCACUUUCUGAGUCUCUGUAUAUACAUUUAUCCUCCCCCCAAGUGGAGAAUGAGCCUGAAGGUUGGACACUGAAGAGCGUCUAUAGCGCCUGGGCUUACCACGUGCUGUAUUGGAAAAACGGCUCGGAUGGAAAGAUCCCAUUAAUGUCUCAGCAUGACUCCCUGGUCCUGCAGAAUCUGGAGCCGUGGACGACUUACUGUGUUCAGGCUCAAGCAUUUGUUUCUGAUAGGAACAAGACCGGGAAAUGGAACGAGCCUGUCUGUGAGCAGACAGCCGAGGACGGCACCCUCCCCUCCUGGCUCAUCCCCCUGCUGGUCUUCGGGGCAUCGUUCUGCGUGGCCUUGCUGCUCUUCUGCUGCGUGGUGCUGCUGUGGGGCGUUUACAGGAAGACCAAGUAUGCCCUCUGGCCCAGGAGUGUGCUCCCUCAGCACCUGACGGAGUUUUGGAGUCACCCUCAUCACAACACACUCCUCUUCUUCCCACUGUCUGAGGAGAGUGAAGUCUUUGACAAGCUGAGUGUGGUCACCCAGCUCUGCCCAGCCAGCAAACAGGGUGUCGGCGACAGCGGCCACCAGGCAGCCCCAGAAGGAGCGGACUCGGGGGAACACCACAGCCCCCUACUUCCCACACCUGCUUCUGAAAGUUACUGGACAGGAAGGGAGGCCGAGGCCACCUGAGCCGUGCGCGGGCCUCCAACCCUUCAAUGCUCAGCAACAUCUCAACGGCCAAGUGGAGAGGUUGGGAAAACUCACUUGGCAAAAAAAUGUUCCCUCUUGGGAGUUUGGCGUGUUAGGAAGGCCCGGGUGGUCUUUUAAGAUAAUUCCAAGGGGGAGUCGGGCGGUAGCGCAGUGGGUUAAGCGCAUGUGGCACAAAGCACAAGCACCAGCGAGAUCCCGCUUCAAGCCCCUGGCUCCCCACCUGCAGGGGAGUCGCUUCACAGGCGGUGGAGCAGGUCUGCAGGUGUCUAUCUUUCUCUCCCCCUCUCUGUCUUCCCCUCCUCUCUCCAUUUUUCUCUGUCCUAUCCAACAACAAUGACAUCAGUAACAACAAUAAUAACUACAACAAUAAAACAGGGAAAAUAAAUAAAUAUUAAAAUUUUUUCUAAAAAAAAAAAAGAUAACUCCAAGGGUUUGAUUUCCACACCCUCCUCCCUGCCAGCUGAUAGGGGAGGAGACAUUGGAUGGUGAGAAGCAGGAAGGCUGAAGACGGGAGGAUUAGGCCAGAGAUGCCUCGACAGGCUGCCAGACUGGAAGGCAGAGCUCAGAACCCUCCCACGCAGAAACCGCCGUGGGCUCUGUAGACCGCUUUGGGACCCUCAGAGAGACUCCCGAUGGGUUUAUUUUUCCUACUGUUGUGUUUUAUAAAGUGCAGGAACUCUUAUUAAAAUGGGGUCUGUAUUUCAUCUGUA